AUGCCGCGAAGCGGUCAGCCGCCGCUUCGGUCGAGCUGCCGCUUGUGCCGUACCCGCAAAGUGAAAUGCACGGGGCCGAUCGGCGCGGCCGCGACGUGCUCGCUGUGCGCGUCGCGCGGCGUCGAGUGUGUCUUUGAUCAGAGUGCAGUCAUGGGCAGGCCCCGCAACGCCGGGCGACAGUCGCCCUCGUCUUCGUCGCUGUCUCCCUCGGCAUUGGCUCGGACUGGCACAACGAGUAGGCUGUCCGACGACGACGUGCGCCGGCUCAGCGUCGGGCAAGUGCUCCGGGAGACGUACGACGACAUCUUUGUCCGCACGGACCAGUGGCCAAGGAGCGCCUUUGUCGCCUCGCUGCGCGGCUACCUCCAGGAGAAUGCACUGGAGCUGGAGCAGGCCGUGCUGACGACGAGGGAGGAGGCCGAGCAGCGCACCGCCUGUGGGCCCGAGGUCUACGGCGUCAUGGUGCCCGUGAUUGUGCGCGAGGUGCUCAACACGGUCCGCAUUCGCUUCAGCAGCCUUGGACAGGGCGGCGGCGAUGAUGACAUCGAGGCGACCAGGCCUCGUUAUCUCCCCAUUGGUUUGAUCCGCGACCGGGGCCACUUCGGUGACCAGCAGCAGCAGCGUCCGACGACCGAUGCGGCUGGCAUCGAGAUGGGCAGGGAUAGGCAGCGGCAGCUGAUGAAGUCAUGGUGUGUCUUCCACCCGCUUGCUUGCAUCUUUGACGCAUCAAGCGACUUUCUCAUCGACGCAGACGAGGACACGCGCUCUUCCACCAACAGGCCGGGGCCCAGCGUCCACCCCGCAGCUCGCACGCUGAUGCUCGCCGAGGCACUCAUGCUGGAGGAGGGCAAGCAAGAGAAGGAGCAGGCGGAUCGGCUUCUCGAGCAGAGCCACAGGCUCUUCGAUGCAGGGCUGACGUACGGCGACGAGCGCGACCUUCCUGCGUGCCAGGCUGCCAUCCUCCUCGCAUGGCACCACCUGACCCACAUCAGCGCGCGCAGAGGCAUCGCCUACUUUGCCUUGGCUUGCCAGCUCUUGCCUCGGCACAAUAGCGCCAGUCCUGCCGUGGCUGCUACCGUGUCACUGCUCGAGGCCAUCCUGUCCACCAUCACCGUCUGGGCCUUUUCCCAGCUCGACCGGUCGACAUCGCAUAUGUUCUUGCGCGACAGCAGGCUGCAGACAGCUCAGCAUUUGACGUCAAAGUCGCAGGGACCCUGGUGGUGCACCAGCCAGUUCACUGGCCGAAGUGUGCGCCUCUCUCUAUGA